AUGGUGUUUGGCAACAAGGGUUGGAAUUGGGACAGUCUGUUCCCAUACAUGCAGAUGGUCGAGAUCUCUCGCCCUCCGAAUGAAGUCGAGAUCGCUGCUGGUCACUACUAUGAUCCUGCCUGCCAUGGAACGAACGGCACUGUUCAUACUGGCCCCCGAAACGCCGGAACAGCCUAUUUUCCAAUACUCAAGACCUUUAUGAAUUCUUCCAAGGAACGUGGCAUUCCUACCCAGUUAGACUUUCACUGCGGGGUCCCUCGCGGUGUUUCUAUGAUUCCUAACACGCUACACGCGGACCAGACUCGCUCGGAUGCUGCGCGUGAAUGGCUCCUGCCAAACUACAAGCGCCCGAAUCUGCAGGUUUUGACGGGCCAGUUUGUUGGGAAAGUCCUUAUCAACCAAACCCUCCUCAUCAAUCAAAUCACUAAUGCUGGUCACAAAGCCGUCGGCGUAAACUUUGGCACCAACAAGCAUGUGAACUUCAAUGUAUACGCCAAGCACGAGGUGCUGCUGGCGGCCGGCUCUGCUGUUUCUCCUCGAAUCCUGGAAUAUUCGGGUAUUGGCUUGAAAUCUGCACUGGAUGCAGCCGGUAUUCAGCAAGUUGCCGAUCUCCCUGUCGGUCUCAAUAUGCAGGAUCAAACCACCACUACUGUGUGCUCCCGUACCAAGCCCUCCGGUGAUGGUCAAGGUCAGGCCAUCUAUUUUGCUACUUUCAACGAAACCUUCAAGGAUAACGCUCCACGGGCUCACCAGCUACUCAACACCAAGUUGCAGCAGUGGGCUAAUGAGACGGUCGCGCGGGGUGGUUUCCAUAAUGUUACUGCUCUUGAAAUCCAGUAUCAAAACUACCGUGACUGGUUGAUCAAUGAAGAAGUUGCCUAUAUGGAGCUGUUCCUCGAUACAUCCGGCAAGAUCAACUUUGAUUUAUGGGAUCUUAUUCCAUUCACUCGCGGUUCCGUGCAUAUUCAAGGGAACGACCCCUACCUACGACGCUUUUCCUACGAUCCUAAGUUUUUCAUGAACGAGUUAGACCUUCUUGCCCAAGCUGCUGGCUCGAAGCUUGCCCGUGAAAUUUCCAACACUGGCGGUAUGAAGACAUAUUUUGAUGGCGAGACUACACCCGGAUCCAAGUUGGCCUACGAUGCCGACUUGGACCAGUGGGAGGAGUAUGUGAAGCAGAAUUUCCGCGCCAACUGGCAUGCUGUCGGCACCUGCUCAAUGAUGACAAGGGAACUUGGUGGAGUGGUUGAUUCUGAUGCUAGAGUGUAUGGUGUCGAAGGCCUUCGGGUGGUCGACGGGUCAAUAGUGCCGACACAGGUGUCAUCACAUGUCAUGACUGUCUUCUACGCUAUGGCUUUGAAGAUUUCGGAUGCGAUUUUGGCAGACUUUUAUGCAAAUUUCUAG